AAUACAUUUCCCAACCAACAAAAGUACUUCCAGCACAGCCCCACUCAUAAUUAAAAACUUGGAUCAAUAGAAUAGAAUACUAAGGGAAGGAUAAUGGCCUCCAUAUGGCGCCGAAUAAUCCCCCAACGCGUGGCCAACACCGGCUCACAACUACGCGAUCACCAAGCCAACGAGCGCACCUUUCUCUCCUGGACCCGCAUGGGCCUCGGCUUCGCAGCUAUGGCUCUAGCUCUCGGGCGCCUGGAUGCAGUCGAUCGCAUGCUCUCCUCUGCCCUGUCAAGCAGCAAAUUGAACCUGGUCGUCGGCUCGGAUAACGCCACAGCCACUGUCGCUGCCACUCCAGUGUCCGUGCAGUCAAGCGGUACCAGCCACAAAAACAGCCAAGAACAGCAUCCCAGCAGCUUGUUAUUUUUCGACCACAACGGCGGAUUUUCUGCCAUGACUUUCUGUCAAGCCAUUAGUGUCUCGUCGUUUGCGUAUGGUAUUUUUCGAUAUCUGUCUGUCCGGAAGAGUUUGCUUAAGGGGCAGUUCACACCGGCUGUCUGGGGGCCUGUUCUUAUGACGUCUGGGUGUUUGGGGGUGUUUGGGACUAUGGGUAUGUGGGUUGAACAGAAGAAUGCGUCAAGAAAGUCAAGACAUGACUCCUGAUGAUUACUGGUAUACUGGAUUUACUGUCCAUGGAACAGGAGAAUGUAUGUAGCAUUUAAAAGCAUAGACAACACUGGCGCUCCUAGUCAGGAUUCUUAGACCAAUCACAAC